AUGGAGCUUCGACAGUUCUGGCGCCCUCGUCAAUGGGCCUUGUGGCUGUUGUUCGCUUCGUGUACCUACGCAUUCUACAUCCCUGGAUAUUCUGUCAAACGCUACAACGACGACGAACACAUCCCUCUCCUCGUUAAUAAAAUUUUUUCCGAUAACACUCAGCUUCAGUAUGCAUACUUCGACUUGCCUUUUGUCUGCCCUCCCAGCGGCCGCACCCACGGCGGAUCCCCGUUUGGCUCGGGACAAAGCGUGUCUCUCAACCUGGGAGAAAUCCUUCGCGGCGACCGUAUCAUGACAUCUGAUUUUGAAUUGCAGAUGGGCCAGAACGUCGAUUGUCGGGUGCUCUGCGAACAGGAGAUCGGGCGCAAGGAUAUCAAAUGGACUCGUCAACUCAUCAAGGAGGGAUACGUGGCCGAGUGGAUCGCGGAUAACCUCCCUGGCGCAACCAGCUUUGUGACUGUGGACGGAAGUCGCAAGUAUUAUGCUACCGGCUUCAAGCUCGGUUUCCAGGAGUACUCGAACAUCGACGGCAAGCUGCGGUAUUACAUCAACAAUCAUUUCACUAUUGUCAUCCGCUGGCGGUCGGCUCCGGAAGGCGGCAAGGUCAUUGUCGGCUUCGAGAUCCACCCGAAGAGUAUCCGCGCGGAAGAUCACACGCAGAAUGGUUGCCCGAAGCAGGUUCACGAGGCGCACGAUGGACUUGAGCUGUACAUCCCGCCGAAUACUUCGAAACUGCGCGAAAUGUACCCGGGAUCGUCAUAUAUCCCCGAGGACGAUGACGAGAUCGAUGACGGCGCCACCCUCAAGAUUCCAUACACCUACUCCGUCUACUUCAAGGAGGAGAAUGGGGUUGACUGGUGGAACCGGUGGGACCUUUACUUCACCAACCAAGAGGAGGGCUCUGCAACCCACUGGCUCGCUAUUCUCAACUCUCUGACUAUCUCCGGUGUCCUCGGAGUGGCAGUCUAUGUCAUCUGGAGUCGGACUGUGCAGGGCGACAUCAAGGGUCGCGGAGAUGGAGCUUUGGAGGAUGGAAAGCUCAAGGUGAAGUCCAGAGCUUCGGAGAGGAAAGGUGACGGGCUUCUGGAGCAGAGCACAGAUGUCGAGCGGGAUGCGGAUGGAUCUGACGAUGAAGGUCUGGAAGACGUCAGCGGAUGGAAACUGCUUCAUGGCGACGUAUUCCGGACGCCUCAAUUCAGUGGACUUCUGGCGCCCCUUAUCGGCUCCGGCAUGCAGUUGUUGUUCAUGGUUUCGGGACUCUUGUUCCUCAGCUGCCUGGGUGUGCUGAAUCCUAGCUUCCGUGGCGGAUUUGUCAGUGUUGGUAUGGGCUUGUUUGUCUUUGCUGGUUUGUUCUCGGGCUACUUCUCGGGCAGACUCUACAAGACAUUUGGGGGUGUUCAUUGGCGGAAGAAUACGCUGAUUACCGCCCUGUUCUUCCCUGGUUUGGUCUUCUGCCUGAUUUUCAUCCUCAAUCUGUUCGUCUGGGCCCAGGCCUCGAGUACCGCGAUUCCGUUCGGCACUCUAGUCGGUCUUCUUGCUCUUUGGCUCUUGAUCCAGGUCCCGUUGGUCUAUGUUGGCAGUUGGUAUGGCUAUGUCCGCACCACGGCUUGGGAGCAUCCUACCAAAACCACCUCCAUCGCUCGCCAAAUUCCGCCUCAGCCUUGGUAUCUGCACAGCAUCAGCGGUACUCUUUUGACUGGACUGGGUCCGUUUGCUGUGCUGUUCAUUGAGCUUCUCUUUGUGUUCCGGAGCUUGUGGCAAGACAAGAGCGGAUACUACUAUGUGUUUGGAUUCCUCAGUGCCGUGUCGACGAUCCUGAUGGUCACGAUCAGCGAGGUGACGAUCAUUGCCACCUAUAGUCAGCUUUGUGCCGAAAACUACCACUGGUGGUGGCAGAGCUUCCUUACCGGUGGAAGCAGUGCCUUCUGGGUGUUCGGGUAUUGCAUCUGGUACUAUUACUUCCACCUUCACAUCACCGGCUUCGUGUCUAGUCUUCUUUUCUUCAGCUAUAGCUUCCUUGCCUGUACCGUGUACGGUCUGUUGACUGGGACUGUUGGGUUCCUGACGGCGUACGCAUUUAUCCGACGUAUCUACAGUGCAAUCAAAGUCGAUUAA